AUGCCUCCUGAGCCUGCUGGGACAAAGCCUGUGUGCGUGGACCUUGGUGACUGGGAGGCCACGGAGCGGGCCCUGGGUGGCGUGGGCCCUGUGGACCUGCUGGUGAACAACGCUGCUGUGGCGCUGCAGCAGCCCUUCCUGGAGACCACCAAGGAGACCUUCAACAGGUCCUUCAGCGUGAACGUGCGCUCUGUGUUCCAGGUGUCUCGGAUGGUGGCCCAAGGCAUGAUCGACCGCGGAGUACCUGGCUCCAUCGUCAAUGUCUCCAGCGCACUGGCCUAUGCCACCUUGCCCAACCUAGCUGUCUACAGCUCCACCAAGGGUGCAAUGACCAUGCUGACCAAAGCCAUGGCCAUGGAGCUGGGGCCACACAAGUGCCCCGGGAUAAAGCCCGUGUGCGUGGACCUGAGUGACUGGGAGGCCACGGAGCGGGCCCUGAGCGGCCUGGGCCCCAUGGACCUGCUGGUGAACAACGCUGCUGUGGCGCUGCAGCAGCCCUUCCUGGAGACCACCAAGGAGACCUUCAACAGGUCCUUCAGCGUGAACGUGCGCUCUGUGUUCCAGGUGUCUCGGAUGGUGGCCCAAGGCAUGAUCGACCGCGGAGUACCUGGCUCCAUCGUCAAUGUCUCCAGCGCACUGGCCUAUGCCACCUUGCCCAACCUAGCUGUCUACAGCUCCACCAAGGGUGCAAUGACCAUGCUGACCAAAGCCAUGGCCAUGGAGCUGGGGCCACACAAGAUCCGGGUGAACUCCGUGAACCCCACGGUGGUGCCGACGGCCAUGAGCCAAGAAGUCUUCAGGGACCCCGAGGUCGUCCGAAAGCUGAAGGAGCGUCACCCGCUGCGGAGGUUUGCAGAGCUGGGGGACGUGGUCAACAGCAUCCUGUUCCUGCUCAGCGACUGCAGCGCCUCCACCAGCGGCUCGAGCCUCCUGGUGGACGCGGGCUACCUGGCCUCCUAGCGCC